AAGGCAUUUCAGACUGUCACUGUCUUUAUCAUCAUACCUUUGAUGUUGGCUGUGCAUUCCAAUAAAAUACCAUUGACAGCUGCAUUGGAUAUCAUUGUUUGGUAUAUAGCUAUUAGCUUUGGUAUAUUUAUAUUCAAGACACCUAUCAAGUUGUACUUUACUGUUAAGGAUAAAUGCAAGUACUUGAAAGAACACUCACUCACUCAAUCAAUCAAUCAAACAUGA